GCACCCACCACAACUGAAAUCUAUUCGAAGCGCAGUUGUCUAGAGAACCCACGGCAGAAGAUUGCUUGAGCUUGUCCAACCGGUAGAUUCAAAAUGGCUAAAAUUGUGAUUUUGUUUGUUUGCGUCGCUGUUAUGCAAGUGGCAUCUGCUCUCCAAUGCUACAACUGUGUCAACUGCCAAGGAGAUAUGAAAACCUGGCCCAAACAGGCUUGUGGCUCAUCCGGAGUUUCUCCUCCCGCUGGUUAUGAAUAUGCCUGCGCUACCGUGGAAUACAAAGACAGGACAACAUACAAAACAGCUGUCGACAGAUUAUGCGUGAGUGCAGAAAAGAAGAAUGGAAAACUAAUGUUCAAAUGCCCCACCAGCAAGGGAGAGCCUCUCAAAGAUGACUGUCCAGUUUGUCAAACCGACUUGUGUAAUUCCUCUGCAAGCAUCAAAUUCAGUUUCGUCGCACUUUCUUGCGUUGUUCUUGCUAUCUUCUUACCCAAGUACUUACAGUAAAUUUGGCCGAGAUUUUUUAUUUUGUGAACACAAAAUAAAGUGUUGAAAUUAUUUUCUGAAACACUGUUUGAAUUUAGCAAUAUUCGAUAGAAAUUAUAUCGAGAUUUACGAAAGAAUAAAAAUGGGUAAUCACAAUAUAUUUUCAAUGAUAAUUCCACAUUUAAUAACUCUGUUGAUUUUUAGUUUUGAAACUACUUUUAUAGGUUAUGUUUUGAGUUUACGAGAUUAUCUUUUCCGUUGAUUUUGUACAGUUUGUAAAUUU